ACUAUUCCCAGUGCAAAAAUUGUUGGUUAAACUGCCGUUGGUAGUGGAAAUGGGAAUUCUGGUGGGGAAGUUAUUGAAGGUACUACAGGUCAUCAGAUGCAUAUUGGGAAUUCUUGUAGUGUUAGGCCUAACAAAUUUCUUUCUGUUUCAAGUAAUUUUUUAGGCAUAAUUGCAAAAUUAAACAAGGCCUGCAGAAGGCAGAACCUUCUAAGAAGAAUAUUCAAGAAAACUCUAGCAAAGAUGCUAAUCCGGAACCUGCCCUUUACACUGUAAUUCAAUCGUAUGCAGCUCUUCAUUGAUUUAAUUUAGGCAUUAACACUACUCCUAUAGGUUUUGAGGCACCUAUGAUUACUACCAAAUAGGGAACGCCUGCAGUGAUAUUUAAAGAGGAAGAUUUUAUGGUUAAUUCGGCUGCUAGGUGUAGGUUUAGUCUUAUUGGUAAAUUUCGUAAUAAUAUGACUAAAGUUGAGUUGGUUAGAAAGAGCUUUAUCAAUCAAGCUCAAUUAUCAGGGGUGUUAAGUAGCACAUUUUAAUGCUAGACAUGUGCAUAUUCAUUUGGAUAAUGAGCUUUAUUAUGUGACUGUAUGGACUAAACAUAUCAUGAUGAAUGAGGGUCAACUUAUGACAAAUCAAAAAUGGAGUCCCACCUUCAAGACAGCUGAGGAAACUACCAUGUACCUGUUUGGAUUUCUCUUCCAGAAUUGCCUUGGCACUGUUAUUACAAGGAAAUUCUAACAACCCUUUUGUCCCCUAUUGGUACUGUUCUUUAUUUGGAUAAUGCUUCUACAAAGAAGACUAGGGGUACUAUGGCUAUAGUCAGAAUCCAAAUCGGCCUUACAAAGGUAAGACCUAACCAUGUUUGGUUAGGCUAUGUUGAGGAAAAUCUAACUAAAGGACAAUGGCAAAGAAUUGAGUAUGAAAGUAUUACUGCGUAUUGUUACUGUUGUGAACAUCAAGGACAUGACAUUCAUAUAUGUACAACUAAAGUUGUAGAUGAAUACUUUCAUAAUAGAAAAAAAAUCAAAAAAACAAAGCAGAACAAGUGUGCAAAUGCAGUAGAAAAUCCAGUUCAGAAACAUGGAGGAGAGGUGCCACAGGUGGUAAAACAAAUCAGGUUCAAGCGUAGACUAAACAGGUGCAGGAUGUACAAGAUCAUGGAAAUAAUUUACAGCAGCAAAGGAAUCAAAAAACAGUUUGGAAACCUGCAGUCCAGCCACAAAGAACUCAUGGACAGUCAGCAACAUCCAGUGCAAACAGGUAUCAUUCCCAGCAUCCCCAUUCAUAACGAUUUUGAUACUUUAGAUAUGCAGGAACAAGAUACAAGUACAGUAGCUCAAAUGCAGAGGAGCUCUUCUUCACCAAAGGAUGACCAUGCAGAUGAACAACCUAAGCUAAACAAGCAGGAACAAGCUCAGAAUUUACAGCCCACAUUCCAUGCAUGCCAUGCACAAAUUACAGUAGGUAAAACUCAACAUUUAGAUAAUGUUUCAGGUAUGAUUUCUCAGUCUAAAUCAGUACAUCAUCAUCUUAUUCUUUGUGAAACCAAUGUAACUUGUAUAGAAGAGGGAGGAAGUGCAGAGAGUGUUGUGUAGGGGAAAGAAAGGCAAGGUUUGGUCGAUGAGAGGGAAUGCAUUGAGCUUAGAGCUCCGGUUAUAAGUAGAAGCCCACCUCCUCUUAUUGCAUCACAGUACAGAUUACUCAACAAGAAGAGGAAAGAACAAGCAGUCCAAGACUUCAAGAAGUUCCAGAAAUCUCCCCAAAAUAGUAACAAUACAUCUAUAUGAAGAUUGAGUAAAAAAGAAGGGAUAACACUAAGAAAAAACGACAGAAGGCGCAGGCAAGUGGAGCUGAUCAUAAAAACCAACAACAGAAUAAUGAUGAGAUGGAUGAAUAUAGUCAUAUAGCGUCUAAGGAUGAGUAUGAUGAAGAUAAUUGAUCCUUAGACAGUAAUGAAGAUGAAGAAGAGAUCAUAUCCACCUUCCACACUUAUUAUGAGGAAGAAAUACUAGAAGUUAAAGACAAACAAGGGUUGUCACGAAUAGGAAGAAAGGCAACUAGAAAUAAUCUUCAAUCUGCAAGUACUAGUAGACCAAUCACAAGAUCUAAAAGUAGAGGCUUGUGAUGUUAACAUAUAAGUCAUAGUGAAUGGUAUGUUUACGAUUUACACUAAUCAUUUUCAAAUUCCUUAUGUUUUACAUGUUGUAUAAUGUGUAUGAUACAUAUUGUUAUACAUCCUAGUCAUAAUGACUAUGUCUAGUUUUGAUAUAGUCAUUUGAAUAGGUUCUUUUAUUUUUAUAAACUUUUCUUGUAAAGGGGAGAGUCUCCCGCGUUAAUGUAUUUUUAGUAAACUAUGUAUUACGGAGAAGUCCUCCGUAGGUGCUUAGUUUCUUUUGAAUACAACUUGAUGUAUCGGGUUGAGUUGACUAACCUUAGUAGGUUGGUCGACUCAUAACACACCUUAGGAUCGGAGAUCAGUUUUAUGA